GGGUCCUUUCAUAAUAACAAUAUGGCUGCCUUGUGUAGAGUCAAACACCGGUGGAAAAGAACUAACUGCUUCUACGUUUUAUCCAGAAACCUAGCAGGGAAAUAUGACUAUGACCUGGUGGUUAUUGGAGGUGGUUCAGGGGGACUUGCCUGCUCCAAAGAAGCAGCACAGUUGGGUCAGAAAGUUGCUGUUUUAGAUUAUGUGGAGCCAUCACUUAAAGGUACUAAGUGGGGUCUCGGUGGUACAUGUGUCAAUGUUGGCUGCAUUCCUAAGAAGCUCAUGCACCAGGCAGGUCUGCUUGGCACUGCAGUCAAAGAUGCCAAAAAGUAUGGCUGGCAGAUCCCAGGGCCAAUCCAACAUGACUGGGUCACCAUGGCAGAGGCUGUUCAAAACCAUGUCAGGUCUCUGAACUGGGGCCACCGGGUUCAGCUUCAGGACAAAAAGGUGAAAUAUCUGAACAUCAAAGGGAGCUUGGUGAAUGAACACACUGUUAGAGGACUGACUAAAGCAGGGAAGGAGAUGACCAUGACAGCCAAGAACAUCGUUAUUGCCACCGGUGGACGCCCUAAAUACCCCACAAAUGUUCCUGGGGCGAUGGAGCAUGGUGUUACCAGUGAUGACAUAUUCUGGUUGAAAAAGUCACCUGGAAAAACACUCGUGGUUGGAGCCAGCUACGUGGCUCUGGAGUGUGCCGGGUUCCUCACAGGCAUUGGCUUGGACACUACAGUAAUGGUUCGCAGCAUCGCCCUCCGGGGGUUUGAUCAGCAAAUGGCAGGACUAGUGACAGACUAUAUGGAGGCUUAUGGGACUAAGUUUGCAUGGGAGUGUAUCCCAAAAAGAGUGGAGAAACUGUCCUCAGGAGCACUGCAAGUGACCUGGACUGACACCAAGGCAGACCAAGAACACAAAGACACCUAUGACUCAGUGUUGUGGGCGGUAGGUAGAGCGCCUGAAACCAAAGCCCUAGGCCUCGACAAGCUUGGCAUGCAACUCAACAAGGAGACGGGGAAAAUAAUUGUUGGCGCUGACGAAUCAACCUCGGUGCCAAAUAUCUACGCCUUCGGUGACAUCGGUGAGGGUCGUCCUGAGUUGACCCCGACCGCCAUUAAAGCCGGAAAACUCCUCGCCCGCAGACUAGCUGGUCAAAGCACUGAGCUCAUGAACUAUGACAACGUUCCUACAACUGUGUUUACUCCUCUCGAAUAUGGCUGCGUGGGUCUGUCUGAGGAGGAGGCUGAAAAAAGACACGGGAAAGACGGCCUAGAGGUUUUUCAUGCUUUCUACAAACCUCUGGAAUUCACUGUUGCAGAGCGUGAUGCCAACCAGUGUUACUUAAAGGUUGUAUGUGAGCGUGGCGGAGACCAGAGGAUUCUGGGUUUGCACUUUACAGGUCCAAAUGCAGGGGAAGUCACUCAGGGCUUUGCUCUGGGCUUCCAGUGCGGGGCGACAUAUUCCCACCUGCUGAGCACUGUAGGCAUCCACCCGACCUGUGCUGAGGAGCUAACCAAAGUUAACAUCACAAAGCGCUCUGGGUUGGAUGCCACGGUCACCGGCUGCUGAGGUUAAAGCGCCUCGGUCUCUGAACACUGGAGCAUGUCGGAUCCCUCAGUGACAGGAGAAGGAAGUUAGUUGAACUCUCUCUCUCUCUCUCUCUCUCUAUUUAUGGCUUUGGAAUCACUGGUUUCACAGGUUAUUGUCAAUGGCACAUCGUGUAGUAACUGAGAUACUUAUCCCUCAAAACACGCAAGUUAUUCAUGUUUGCUCUAAAGCACAUGGCUAUAGAUCAGGUUAGCAAAAGUUCUGGCCGCAAAGCAUGCGUCUUUUAAAUAAACAGACUCAUCAAUCAGGAUUAAGGUCUGUGCUCAGGGUUUUGUUGGAAUCAUACAAGAAACGUAGACCGGGCCCAAACUUUUUUUCUGAAUAUAUAUUCUGCAAAUAUUGUUGUUUCUCCGGCUGUACUUCCUGUCCAUUAGUCUUGGAGGUGACACAUACCAUACACCCCCACAACCCCACACCCCCCAUGACACUGAUGGAUGGCCCCAGGGCCGUCGGCACAGCGACACCGCCCCAUUUCCCAUGGACACACACAAACAGUCAGCGGGCCGCCUGUCAGUCAGCCAGCAAAGACCUGGCCAGGGAGAACCGGGUUUACUGGGCCCUGUUUAACUCCAGCAGACCCUGGAGUCCUUCCUCUUCCCACCAUGCCCUAUUCCCUUCUAGUGCCCAAAAGAAUACAGUUGAGGACAAGCAUGUGCUGUCAAGGGCUGUGUGGAUGCCACGGCAGAGCCAAAAAGGGCACCUCUACCUACCCACCAACACUAGGGCUGCAUUACUUAGCAUUACCUAAAGGUGGCACUAUUGCCCUCUAGUUCUUCCAUUUUCUGAUCCAAGAGUGGAAGACAGGAUGAAGCAGUCACUGGAUAAAACAUACGCCUGAAUAUAUUCAGGUUGAACAUUUAAUCCCUUUAAUCCCUAUAAAAGAUAUGUGCUUUUGGAGGAUGGCGGAAAGCAGACUGGCUUUAUUAGAGCCAAACUGAUAAGGGUUAUCUUAUGUGUAUUUAAAUGGAUGGAAGGUUAGACGUGAAAACUCAUCACCCUCAAAGAUAAGUCCGUUUGUUUACACCAAUAAAGCAGAAACAGAGACUGCCAGUUUGCCAAAGUGCUCAAAUGAUCAACCUGCUGGCUGAACUGGACGUCUUCUGCCGACUGCAGUUAUUAAGUAGAGACGGAGGAGGACUGUCAGUAAAAUGAGUUGCUACAAUAGUUGGGCGACCAGAGAGGCUGCUGGGUGUAGUUUAUUUUUAUUUGAAGUCUAAUCUGCCUGCUCUGAUUAAUGAUUCUGAUGAGGGGAGUGACAGCGUGCCAGGAGAUGGAGAGCGGAAAAAAGGAAGAAAGAGAGAGAGAGAGAGUGAACUACCAGGUUUAUUUGGACCCGGGCCGGAGGAGAGUGAGCCGAGUUUCAGCCCGGUUAGGGAGGGACGGGGGAUUCCUGUGUGCUCUGUUCAGGGCCGAGGUGCUGACUGAAGGACCCUGACCUCCGCUCAGCAGGAACAGCUUGACUCUAUCACUCGGAGCGCAGAGGGCUCACAUGCCGCAGCGCUGCACGGCAGGGGCCCGGGGCCUCGAGGUGGAGGGGGGUAGGAUGGCAAGAGCACGGACAGAACCAGGCCGCCAGCCCAUGCAGCACUGAGCAGCGGCGGUGGCGUGUUUGCCCAGGGUAAUUGAGUCUGUGUUCCUGCGCUUAACGAGCCACUUCAGAGACCCCAGGGUGGGCCCACAGCAACAUGAGGGAAGUCAUUGAGGCCAUCAGUGUAACUGUAAUGUCUGUUUGCUUUUUACCCUCCAUUUCCUCUCUGCUCUGUUAUUUUAUGCACAGUAUGUGAACACGCACAAGAUGGAAUCGUAAUUUUUUGAAAAUGACUAAUCUGUUUAAACUAAAAUGAUUUUCUUGUUGGAAGUUGUCGACCAGGCCCUCCAGGCCCAGAGCUUGUAUAUCAGUGUCCCUCAGCUGUGUCCCACAGGGGGUCGGGGUCAUCUUUCAGGUUGGCCAGCUAAUGAUGACCUGCACUAAAGCCCAGAACUGGGGAGUGCAGGCCUGAUGUCACCUGGUCAAACACUUUACUCGUAAAUAGAGGAGUGUUAUUUUCCAUUAAAGCUUUGUUAUACUUAUUAUAUAAUUUAUAUGUAAAAUACUAAAACACUUGAACACACAUUGUCACAAUUAAAGAACUGAUGUCCACUGAA